AUGGCGCCCUCCACCGUCCUCUCCGGCGAUGGCUACGACAUCGCCCCUACCUCACCCUCAGUGAUCCAAGGCCUCUCCAUACGCCAUCACGUCCCCGUCAUCAUCGACAUGGAUGAGGGGAACUUCAGGCAGUGGCGCCUCUUCUUCAAAUCCACCCUCGGCAAAUUUGGCCUUCUGCAUUAUGUGCGUUUCACCACGCCGUCCGCAGAUCGCAACGGCGAAUGGCGCCGCAUCUAUUCCUGCAUCGUCAAUUGGAUCCUCUCCACCGUCUCCACUCCAAGCACAUCUUCGGCACCAUCCGCCGCGAUUGUCACGAUGCCUUCACCCUGUGGCACGCCGUCGAAGAUCUAUUCCAGGACAAUGAGAUGCAGCGCGUCAUCUACCUGGAGACAGCUGCGAUCCCUACAGCAAGGCGACAUGACGAUGAACGACUACUGCACAAAGUUGAAGCGCAUCGUGGAUCAGCUGCGCGACAUCGGCCACCCCAUCUCUGAGCCAAGCCAAGUUCUCAACCUGCUCCGUGGUCUCAAUCCACGGUACCGCUACGUCAAGCCGGUAAUCACUUCCAAAUACCCGCCGCAUACCUUCCAGAGCGCUCGUUCCUUCCUUAUUCUUGAGGAGCUCAGCGCCCAGCACAACGCCAUCUCCGACGCCAACCAAGCCCUGCACGCCGACUCCUCCAACAACUCCUCCAACUCGGCAUCGUCUGGCAACAAGGAUGGCUCCUCUUCCUCCAACGCGUCGUGA